CUGCUGGGAAGCCGACUGGGCGGCUGGAGGGCUCAGUCUCCCUGCUCUAGAAUGGUCGCAGCGGGUGACACUCAGCCCCGAGCUGGCUUUCCAGGAGCAGAUUUCGCUGCAGUUUCCCUACACUUUGGCUGCUAGAGUCCACGCGGAAAGCAGGGAGCCGCCGCGGGAGCCCCCCGCCCCCAGGCGACCGACGCUCGCGGGGAGGGCGCGCCGCGAGCGGACAGGGGCCCGGCGUAACCUCACCAUGGAAUCCAGAGUCGCUCCUCUUUCUGUCCUGACCUUCUGCUGCCCCUGGACGCUCCAGUUACCAGUGUCCCUGGUCCCGUAAGAACAGCCGCCAGGAGGUGGUCACCAUGUUUUGCGCGAAGCUGAAGGACCUGCAGAUCACGGGGGACUGCCCCUUCUCGCUGCUGGCCCCGGGGCAGGCCCCCAAAGAGCCCGCGGGCGAGGCGGCGGGGGGCGGGCCCGCAGCUCCGCCCGGACGGCAGGGCGUCUGUCCCGGCGACCCCGGGGAGAAGCCACCCGCGGGGCUUCCCCAGAGGAAGAGCAGCCGCAGCCGCGUCUACCUGCACACUUUGGCAGAGAGUAUUUGCAAACUGAUCUUCCCGGAGUUUGAGCGGCUGAACCUUGCCCUUCAGAGAACACUGGCAAAACACAAAAUAAAGGAAAGCAGGAAAUCCUUGGAAAGAGAAGACUUUGAAAAAAUAAUGGCAGACCAAGCGAUUGCAGCAGGGGUCCCAGUGGAGACCAUCAGAGAGUCUCUCGGUGAGGAGCUUUUCAAAAUAUGCUAUGAAGAAGAUGAAUACAUCCUAGGUGUGGUCGGAGGAACCCUGAAAGACUUUUUAAAUAGCUUCAGCACCCUUCUGAGACAAAGCAGCCACUGCCAGGAAGCAGAAAAGAAGGGCAGGUUUGAGGACGCGUCCAUCCUAUGCCUGGACAAAGAUCCCGAUUUCUUAAAUGUUUACUAUUUCUUCCCCAAGAGGAUCACUUCCCUGAUUCUCCCCGGCAUCGUUAAGGCAGCCGCUCGCCUCUUGUACGAGACCGAAGUGGAGGUGUCCUCGACGCCCCCCUGCUUCCACCAGCACUGCAGCGAGUUCAUGGACCAGCCCUGCCUGCUCUACUCCGUCCACGUCAAGACCCCCCGACCGUCCCCACCCCCCGGGAAGCCCCCGUCCUCACUGGUGAUCCCCGCCUCGCUCUUCUGCAAGACCUUCCCCUUCCAUUUCAUGCUGGACAGAGACAUGGCCAUCCUGCAGCUGGGCAACGGCGUCAGAAGGCUGACGAGCCGGAGAGACGUGCAAGGGAAGCCUCAUUUUGACGAGUGCUUCGAGAUCCUCACUCCAAAAGUCAGCCAGACGUUCAGCGGAAUCCUCACCAUGCUGAACAUGCAGUUUGUGGUCCGCGUGAGGAGGUGGGACAACGCCGUGAAGAAACCUUCCAGGGUGAUGGACCUCAAAGGCCAGAUGAUCUACCUGGUGGAGUCCAGCGCCGUCCUGUUCCUGGGCUCGCCCUGCGUGGACAGACUGGAGGACUUCACGGGCCGCGGGCUCUACCUCUCGGACAUCCCCAUCCACAACGCGCUGCGCGACGUGGUCCUGAUCGGAGAGCAGGCCAGGGCGCAGGACGGCCUGAAGAAGCGGCUGGGCAAGCUCAAGGCCACGCUGGAGCAGGCCCACCAGGCCCUGGAGGAGGAGAAGCGGAAGACGGUGGACCUCCUGUGCUCCAUCUUCCCCUGCGAGGUGGCGCAGCAGCUGUGGCAGGGCCGGGCCGUGCAGGCCAAGCGGUUCGGCGACGUCACCAUGCUCUUCUCGGACAUCGUGGGCUUCACGGCCAUCUGCGCCCGCUGCUCGCCGCUGCAGGUCAUCACCAUGCUCAACGCGCUCUAUACCCGCUUCGACCGGCAGUGCGGGGAGCUAGACGUCUACAAGGUGGAGACCAUCGGCGAUGCAUACUGUGUGGCUGGGGGCUUGCACAAAGAGAGUGACACGCACGCUGUUCGGAUCGCACUGAUGGCCCUGAAGAUGAUGGAGCUCUCUGAUGAAGUGGUGUCUCCCCACGGAGAGCCCAUCAAGAUGCGCAUUGGACUGCAUUCUGGGUCGGUUUUUGCCGGAGUUGUCGGAGUUAAGAUGCCCCGUUACUGCCUUUUUGGAAACAAUGUCACCUUGGCUAACAAGUUCGAGUCCUGCAGUGUCCCCCGGAAAAUCAACGUCAGCCCUACCACCUACAGAUUACUCAAAGACUGUCCUGGUUUUGUGUUUACACCUCGAUCAAGGGAGGAACUCCCGCCAAACUUUCCUAGUGACAUUCCUGGAAUCUGUCAUUUUCUGGAAGCUUAUCAACAAGGAACAACUUCAAAGCCAUGGUUCCAGAAGCAAGAUGCUGAGGAAGCCAAUGCCAAUUUCUUAGGCAAAGCAUCGGGCAUAGAUUAGCCAAAUACACACCCAGUUGUUAGCCUUUGGGUUGGAGUCCUUGGAGCGUGCGUGGACCUUCUGAGAGCACCCUGGGACGGCAGCAAGCUGAGAAGCAGUAGUAACAUUUUGGGAGCUAAGUCACCAUCUGCUUUUCCUUCCACUUAACGUGACAGAAAUGUAUUCACCUCAACAUUCAACUCUUCAGUGAAAAAGAAAAAGAGAAAGAGAGAGAAGAGAGAGAAAGAAAGAAGGAAAGAAAGAAGCCUCAAAAAGUGACUUUGGGGGAAUAUUUCUGAUAUAUAAGAAUAGCUUAUAACCUGUACUCAGAACGCAGCGCCUUGUUCAUAUAUCGGGUGAUUGUAGUGACCUGUUCAACCUGGUGGAGCCGCCUGCCUUCUGCCCUGGCCAAACACCCUGGUUAUCAAAGCGCUUCUCAUAGUGUUGGUUGCCUUAAAAACGCUUUUUGAAUAGAAACCAUAGUCUUGGCUACCCUAAGCUCUUUGAACCUUUCAAGUCUGCAUUUUGUUACAUUUCCUCACUUAACUGUUAGCAUACAUAACAAAAUAGAUUGAGGCUUUC